AUGUCAAUAUCAUACCUCAAAUCGUUGGUAUUUGGAACCAACAAUGGCGGGACUAGCGUCGACCUACCAACGCCUGGGGCUUCUACUAGGUUAGUUCCUGAGAAGGACACGACUGAGAUCCUCACACUCCCCGAUGGCCGCAAGCUUGGCUAUGCACAGUUCGGCCUCUCAACAGGCAAGCCUAUCUUCUACUGCCACGGCCUCCCAGGCUCUCGUGUGGAGGCGGGCCAUCUUCACGAGGCCGCCCUGGACGUCGGAGCACGCAUCAUCGCGACAGAUCGCCCAGGCAUGGGCUUGAGUACUUUCCAACCAGGUAGAACCCUUCUCGAUCACCCGAAGGAUCUGGAACAACUUGCUUCGCAUCUGAAGCUGAAUGAGUAUGGGGUCAUGGGUGUAUCGGGAGGUGGACCAUACGCUCUCGCCUGUGCCAAGGCAAUGCCGCGUGAUAAGCUCAAAUGUGUAUCGAUCGUCUGUGGUAUCGGGCCACCAGAUAUCGGCAUGAGCGGAGCUGGCUGGUUUCACUGGCUUGGGUUCACCUACGGAUGGCGUUACACUCCUCGUGUAGCUGGGUGGUACUUCCACUAUAUGGGACGCUUCAACUUGCCCGACGAACAAAGACUUGAGAUUCAGUUGCAGGAGGCAGAGAAGAAGUUGUCUACCUUCCCCAAGCGGGAACUCGACCUUGGGAUAUGGACGAACAGGGAGAUCGUGGGACGUAUGGUGAUGACAAGUCGACAGUACUAUGCCCAAGGCAUCGACGGUGUAAGCUACGACGGUCAUCUGGACGGUACGGAAUUUGGAUUCCGAAUCGAGGACAUUCGCUCCGAUCUGCCAGUACGACUGUGGUAUGGAAAGGACGACACUUUCGUGCCACCUAACCAUGGAGUUCAGAUCGCCAAGCGGUUGGGAGACAACGCACAUCUCAGACUUGAAGAUGAUACUCACGCCAGUAUCUUCUUUGGGUGGAGGAAAGAGGUUCUUGAGGACUUGGUGAAGAACAUGUAG